GGACGAACGACCCCAGCGGGGCGGAGAUCUCCUGGCUCAUGCCGAAGCUGGGUGGCUGGUUCACUGGUCUGAACGAGAGGUACCACAUGCUGAACACCUGGCUCGAGAACGGAAGGGGUGCCAUGAAGUCCCACUGGCUGACCGGCUUCACCAACGCCCAGGGCUUUCUCACCGGCAUGCGGCAAGAGGUGACCAGGCAGCACAAGAAGGACCAGUGGGCGUUGGAUGACGUCGUCAACCACACGAGGGUGGAAAACGUGGACGCGGAGCGCGUCAAGGAGGUGCCCGAGGAGGGCCAGAACAUCCACGGCCUCUUCAUGGAGGGGGGCCGCUGGAACCGCGCGGAGCAGCUGCUGGAUGAGUCGGAGCCGAAGAAGCUCUUCGCCCCCAUGCCGGUCAUCUACGUCACGGCCACCACCGCCAAGGACCUCCGGCAGAUGGGCAUCAGCCACAUCCCCGGCGACCGCUACAACGCCGCGGUGUACAAG